CGGCCCGGCCAGGCUCGGAGGGCGGCUCGGUCUGUCCGUCCGUCCGUCGGUCGGGGCCAUGGCCCCGGUGCUGCCGCGCCGCCCGGGCCGGCGCCCCCUGCUGGGCGCCCGCGCUCCGGAACCUCCCGCGGGCUCGGCCGGGACCGCCGGGACCGGAUCCGCCCGGCGGCGGCCUCAGGUGUUCCUGACCCCCCUGGAUGAGCAGACCCCAGGGAUGGGCUCCCGCUGGAGGGAUCAGGACCCGCUCCAGGCCCCGGCCCCGCCCGGCUCCGGAAUUCCCGACAGAUCCCGCUCCGGCAGCUUCGACGUUCCCAAAAGGGUCCCGCUGCCGUUCCGGGCCCCGCUGGCCGUGGCCGAGGUGGUGGCGGCGCUGGUGCUGAGCAGCCUCUCCUGCAGCCCCCCCUCGCAGGUGUUCGGUGACCCCUGGAGGGACAGCGGGGACACCUCGGACAGCGGCACCAGCGGCCACCGGAGCAGCGCUGGCACUGCCACCGUGUCCCCUCCCCAUGCUGGCAGUGCCACCUCGUCCCCUGCCCAUUGUCCCUGCACUGCCACCGCGUCCCCUCCCCAUGGUGGCAGUGCCACCGCGUCCCCUGCUCAUGCUGGCAGUGCCACCUCGUCCCCUGCCCAUUGUCCCUGCACUGCCACCGCGUCCCCUCCCCAUGGUGGCAGUGCCACCGUGUCCCCUGCCCAUUGUCCCUGCAGUGCCACCGUGUCCCCUCCCCAUGGUGGCAGUGCCACCGUGUCCCCUGCCCAUUGUCCCUGCAGUGCCACCGUGUCCCCUGCCCAUGGUGGCACUGCCACCGUGUCCCCUGCCCAUUGUCCCUGCAGUGCCACCAUGUCCCCUGCCCAUUGUCCCUGCACUGCCACCGUGUCCCCUCCCCAUGCUGGCAGUGCCACCUCGUCCCCUGCCCAUUGUCCCUGCACUGCCACCGUGUCCCCUCCCCAUGGUGGCAGUGCCACCGUGUCCCCUACCCAUUGUCCCUGCAGUGCCACCGCGUCCCCUUCCCAUGCUGGCAGUGCCACUGCGUCCCCUCCCCAUUGUCCCACCAGUGUCACCGCGUCCCCUCCCCAUUGUCCCUGCAGUGCCACCGUGUCCUCUCUUCACCAUGGUGGCAGUGUCACCUUGUCCCCUCUUCCCUGUGGUGGCAGUGCCACCUCGUCCCCUUUUUAUGACCCUGGCAGUGCCACCGUGUCCCCUCCUCACCGUGGUGGCAGUGCCACCUCGUCCCCUCUUCACUGUCCUGAUGCUGCCACCGCGUCCCCUCCCCAUGGCCCUGGCAGUGCCACCGUGUCCCCUCCUCACUGCCCUGUCCCCGUGUCCCCAUCCCAGUGUCCCUGCCCUGUCCCCGUGUCCUGUCCCCACCAUGGUGGCCCUGUCCCCGUGUCCCCUCCCCAGUGUCCCUGCCCUGUCCCCGUGUCCCCUCCUCACUGCCCUGUCCCUGUGUCCCCUCCCCACCAUGGUGGCCCUGUCCCCGUGUCCCCAUCCCAGUGUCCCUGUCCUGUCCCCGUGUCCCCAUCCCAAUGUCCCUGCCCUGUCCCCGUGUCCCCUCCCCACCAUGGUGGCCCUGUCCCCGUGUCCCCUCCCCAGUGUCCCUGCCCUGUCCCCGUGUCCCCUCCCCGCGGUGCUGGCAGUGUCCCCGUGUCCCCUGUGGGCGAUGGUGGCUUCGAGGAGCGCGCGCCGCCACGCAGGAAGGCUCUGUCCCGCUGGCUGGGCCAUGGGCGGUUGCUGCGCUCCGGGGUCGGCGUCCGGCGCCUGCCGGCCAGCAGUGACCCUGAGGACGGUUUCUAUUUCACGGAGGAGCCCCACGAGGAGCCACCAGAGCCACCACCGCCUGCUGUCCCCAACGCUGUCCCCAACACUGUCCCCAACCCUGUCCCCAGUGUCCCCAGUGUCACCACUGUCCCCAGUGCCACUGGGGCUGUCCCUGCUGUCCCCAGUGUCACCCAGCCCGGUGUCACUGGGGCCGUGUCCUGCCCUGUCCCCGGUGUCACCCAGCCCGGCCUGAGCCCCUCGGCCCCGCCCGGCUCCUUCUGGCACAUCCAGGCUGACCACGCCUACCAGGCUCUGCCGUCCAUCCAGAUCCCGGUGUCCCCUCACAUCUUCACCAGCGUCAGCUGGGCCACGGCCACCGCCCCCCUGCCACCGGCUCGGAGCUGCUCCCUCAGCCCCGGCUCCCCUCAGGGCCCUCAGCCGCCGCCAUCGCUGCAGCCCCGGCUCCUCGCGGCCUCCAGAAAAAUCCGCGGCGAGGCCAAGAAAUGCCGCAAGGUUUACGGCAUCGAGCGCCGGGAGCAGUGGUGCACGGCGUGCCGCUGGAAAAAGGCCUGCCAGCGAUUCCUGGACUGAAUUCCCACCUGGAUUCCCCUCUGCCCACCUGGAAGUCCCUCAGGAAUUUGGGAUUUCCCUCAGGAAUUCGGGAUUUCCCUCAGAAAUUCGGGAAUUUCUUCGGGAAUUUGGGAAUCCCCUCAGGAAUUUGGGAGUCCCUCAUUGCUGCAAGCUGGGACUGAAUUCUGCCCCCAUAUUCCCCUUGGCCCACCUGGAAUUCCCUCAGAAAUCAGAGAAUUCCCUCAGGAAUUUGGGAAUUUCAUCGGGAAUUUGGGAAUUCCCUCAGGAAUUUGGGAAUUCCCUCAUUGCUGCAAGCUGGGACUGAAUUCUGCCCCCAUAUUCCCCUUUGCCCACCUGAUUUCCCUCAGGAACUUGGGAAUUUCCUCAUUUCUGCAAGCAGGGACUGAAUUCCUCCUUCGUCCUUCUUUUAUCCACCUGGAAUUCCCUCAGGAAUUUGGGAAUUUCCUCAGAAAUCCAGAAAUCCCCUCAGAAAUCCAGGAAUCCCUCAUUGCUGCAAGCAGGGACUGAAUUUUGCCCCCACAUUCCCUUUUCCCACCUGGAAUUCCCUCAGAAAUCUGAGAAUUCCCUCAGGAAUUCGGGAUUUCCCUCAGAAAUUCGGGAAUUUCAUCGGGAAUUUGGGAAUCCCCUCAGGAAUUUGGGAAUUCCCUCAUUGCUGCAAGCUGGGACUGAAUUCUGCCCCCAUAUUCCCCUUGGCCCACCUGGA